AUGCCAGAUUCUUUCUGGGAAAAACUCUGGAAACUGAAUUUACCACAGAGAAUAAUACUCUUUACAUGGAAAUGUCUUCAGAAUGCACUUUUAGUUAAUUUUAAACUAGCCAGAUUCAUGAAGGUUUCUCUGAAAUGUCCCUUUGGUUGUGAUUCUGACAAAACUAUUGAACACCUUCUGUUUCACUGUUCUUUCGCAAAAUCUGUUUGGGACUCAAACCCAAACCCUAUACAUUUGAAUUUUGACUGCUCUGUUACUUUCUUAGACAUGUGCAAAACUUUGAUUGAGAAACCAAGUAUAGAUAUCCCCUUAGAGAUAAUACUGACAAAAAUCUGGUUCAUUUGGAAAGAAAGAUGUAAUUGGGUCUUCGGAAAAAAAACAGAAACAAUACCUCAAUUAGCUCUAGAAAUUCAGAAACAUCUGAAGUACUGUCAUUUAGAGAAGCAAGAUAACACCCAUUCUCAGGAUAACUUAGAACAGCUGGAAAAAGAGAACUGGAGAUUGCCCUUAGUUUCUCGGUUAAAAAUCAAUGUGGAUGCAGCAUGGAUGUUUAAAACUGAACCUCCAGGUUACUUGGAUGGUGGUUUCAUGGGAAUGACUGGUUCUGGUUAUCGUGGGACUAUUGGUCCUGCUGCAAACGGGAAACGGAUUUUGAGUGGUGGCGUCGUUGCUGCUCAGAUGCCAGCUGCUGCUAUGUCCCUGGGUGCUGACAGUGGAAAGAUGGCUGAGGGUAAAAUCCCAAUUGCUGAGCCUGAUGGUGUUGUGUUCCGUGCAGAGCUUCAAAGUUCAAAUGGGCAGAAUCAAUGCAGUUUUAUUGAGUAA